CCGGUGCCUCACUGAUCCUCCCCCAAUUCCGAUCUUUCUUCCGCUUACGGAUCGAAGCAAUGCGCUCUCCGGCGAGGUUUUUGCUCUCCUCCCAGCCGGCCCAGGAGGCGGAACGGAUGGACGCUGCCUUGGUUUUCCACUCCGAUGUCAUCCUCACCCUCGCCGUCCUCCUCUGCGCGUUCAUCUGCGUCCUCGGCCUCGGCCUCGUCGCCCGCUGCGCCUGGCUCCGCCGCUCCUUCAACGCCUCCGACUCCUCCUACGAUCGGCCCCUUCCCCUGCCCCUGCUGCGGAUCCCCAGAAGGGGGAUCAAGAAGAAGACCCUCCGAGCCCUCCCCACGGUCUCCUUCGUCUCCUCCUCCGACGCCGCCGCCGCCGCUCCAGGCGGCGUCGAGCUCGUCGACUGCGCGAUCUGCCUCGCCGAGUUCGCCGACGGCGACAGGGUCCGCGUCCUGCCGCAGUGCGGGCACGGCUUCCACGCCGCGUGCGUCGACACCUGGCUGGGUUCCAACGCCUCGUGCCCAUCCUGCCGCCGGGUCCUGGUGGUCCCCGCGCCGCCGCCGCGGUGCCAGAAGUGCGGCGGAGAAUCCGCCGGAGCAGCAGCUUCCGCCAAGCCCACCGAGAGCGGCGGCGCCAGUACCUCGAAAACCGCGCAUCAGAUCUGCGUUCGAUGAAAUUUUUACAAAUCCGUCGGCAAAGAUGUGCGCGGCGCCCUUGUACAUACAGCAAAAGGAAGAUCACAGAUCACGGAUCACUUGCAGAAACAAAGGAUUUUCUUGUUAUUGCGAACGGAUCUGGCCAUUCUCUCAUUCUCAGACCCUCGUCCUUCCUCUUGAUCCACAGGAGUAGUUCAUAAUUGGUUCAGUAAUCAUCAAGCACUGGAUUUCUCAGGUGUUCAUGUGCAAAUGAGAAAUCCCAAAUUGUCUCGACACACAUCAGAGUUUUUGGCAACUGAAUAAAACCACUGUGAGGGACCUUCCUACA